AUUCUUCACAAAAAAAAAACAGUUUUCGUAGACUAACUAAAUUCAUACAUUGAGGAGAAGAGUUAAAAAUAUUGAUCUGUCUCUACCUUUAUUUGGCGUAGAGAUUGGAAUGGGCACAAUUAUGCAAACUGUUUCAAGCCUUUCUUGGAGGAAUUGCCCUCCAUCUCAAGAAAAACUUCACUCCAAAACUCAAAAUGUUGAAUUUGGAGGUGUGAUUAAUCGAAGGGAAGCUAUAGCAUCUGGGAUUGCUCUACUUUCAUCUGCAGCAGCGUUUGGAUUUCCUGGAGAUGGAUUAGCAGUUGUUAAACAGGGUCUUCUGGCUGGGAGAAUCCCUGGCCUCUCCGAACCUGAUGAACAAGGUUGGAGAACUUACCAAAGACCAGAGGAUAAGUCUGGCGGCCAUGGCGUCGGCUGGAGUCCCAUUAUACCGUAUAAAUUCUCCGUGCCUGCGCCUGCCGAAUGGAAUGAGGUUCCUGUGUCGAUUGCUGAUUUAGGAGGAACGGAGAUUGACCUGAGGUUCGCCAGCCCCAAAGAGGGACGCCUUUUUGUCAUUGUCGCGCCUGUCCUGAGAUUUGCAGAUGAUCUUGGUGAUAACGCCACAAUAGAUCGAAUAGGAACGCCAGAGAAGGUCAUAAGUGCAUUCGGGCCAGAGGUGAUCGGUGAGAAUGUCGAAGGAAAGGUUUUGAGCUCUCAAGUUGCAGAACACGAGGGAAGAACGUAUUACCAGUUCGAGUUGGAGCCACCUCAUGUUAUAAUCACAGCAACGGCAGCAGGAAACCGCCUCUAUCUGUUCAACGUGACAGGAAAUGGACUCCAAUGGAAGAAACAUUACAAGGACUUGAAGAGGAUAGCCGACUCAUUUAGGGUCGUCUAAUGCAGAAACUCAUGUAAUCGACACAAACCUCCAACAUCUAUUAUUCAAGAAAGCCUAAUGAAUACUUGAGAAUUGCUUUUGUGAGUAUGUUUUCUAGCAUUGGAAUUCUUGAUGUUGAAUGAUAAAACAGAGAUUCUUGA